AUGGACGGUCAACAACCACUGAAGGUCUUUAAUGAUCCCAUCCACGGGCAUAUGGAGAUACACCCACUCCUUGUCAAAUUCAUUGACACUCCCCAGUUUCAAAGGCUACGAAACAUCAAGCAGCUGGGUGCAGCCUACUAUGUCUACCCUGGAGCAUCCCACAACCGUUUUGAACACUCCAUUGGAGUGGCGCACCUAGCAGGACAGUUUCUUCAAGCUCUGAGAGACCGGCAGCCAGACCUUAAAAUAUCUGAGGAAGACAUCUUUUGUGUGCAGAUCGCUGGUCUCUGCCAUGACCUUGGACAUGGGCCUUUUUCUCAUUUGUUCGAUGGAAAAUUGAUUCCUGAAGUACGGAAGCAAGAAAAGCAUUCAUCAAACGAUAAAGACGAAAAAUGGAGGCAUGAGGACGCUUCUAUAAUGAUGUUUGAUCACAUGGUGGAAGUUAAUGAGUUGAAGAAGGAGAUGGUGAAGUACAAGCUGGUUCUGGAUAAGGACCUUGAAUUCAUCAAGCAGCUGAUAGUUGGAUGCCCAGAUGGUGAAAAUCAGGGAAGAGGCAAGGACAAGUAUUUCCUCUAUGAAAUCGUGGCCAACAAAACCAAUGGCAUUGAUGUCGAUAAGUGGGACUACCUCGCCAGGGACUGCCAUCAUCUGGGCAUUCCCAUGAGCUUUGACUAUCAACGCUUCCUGAAGUUUGCCAGGGUGUGUGAGGUGGAUGGAAAGAAACACAUCUGCGUCAGAGACAAGGAAGCAGCAAAUCUGUAUGACAUGUUCUACAGAAGGUUCUCUCUCCACCAAAGAGCCUACCAGCACAGAGUGAACAACAUCAUAGAAUACAUGAUCACAGAGGCCCUUUUAGAGGCAAAUGAACACAUCAAGAUUGAAGGCUCCAAACAGAAAAAGCACAAACUUUCCGAAACCAUCGAUGACAUGAGCGCCUACACCAAGCUGACAGACAGCGUGUUUGAUCAAAUACUCAACUCCUCUGACGACAAUCUAAAGGGGGCAAGAGAGAUCCUCAACAAGAUUGUCCGUCGACAGAUCUACAAAUGUUUGGGCAAGAUUCCUAGCAAGGAAAAGGUGGGGGAAAUCAAAAAGAAGUGGGAAGAAGACAAAAAAACUCCAGACCUCCAGAAAUUUGUGCUCGAUGUUGUUACUCUGGAUUAUGGGAUGAAGGGUGAAAAUCCCAUUGAUAAAGUGUAUUUCUACAGCAAGAAGAAACCUGACAAACCAUACAGGAUAAGCAAGGAAGAGGUGUCCAAACUCCUCCCAGCUGACUUUAAUGAGACGUUCCUCAGGGUCUACUGGAAGGGUGAGCCUGAUGAUGAUGAGAGCCUGGAGACAGCCACAGACAAAUUUAACAAGUGGUGCACCAAAAACAAUUUCCCAUUGCUUCAGCACGAGGAGGCCUCUCUGGCCAUGUUUGACUACCUAGUUAGUGAUAACAGCCUAGAGCCAGUGAUGGAGGAACACGGCCUGGUUUUGCCUGAGGAUCUGAUCUUCAUCAAGGAGCAAAUCGCAGGACCACUGGGCACCAAAGGCCCUCUCAAUCAGUGGCCGUACAAGGGUCGAUCAGAGGACAAAUCUUUCCUCUAUGAAAUCGUGGCGAACAAAAGAAAUGGCAUUGAUGUCGAUAAGUGGGACUACUUUGCCAGGGACUGCCAUCACUUGGGCAUCCAGAAUAACUUUGACUAUCGCCGCUUCCUGAAGUUUGCCAGGGUGUGUGAGGUGGAUGGGCAGAAGCACAUUUGCACUAGAGACAAGGAGGUAGGCAAUCUGUAUGACAUGUUCCACACAAGAAACUGCCUCCACAGAAGAGCCUACCAGCACAAAGUGGGCCAUGUCAUAGAGAACAUGAUCACAGAGGCCUUUUUAAAAGCAGAUAAGCACAUCAAGGUUCAAGGCUCGGGAGGGAAAAUGUACACCCUUUCCACGGCCAUAGAUGACAUGGAGGCCUACACCAAGCUGACAGACCAUGUGUUUGAACAAAUACUCAACUCCCAUGUCCCUGAGUUGGCUGAGGCAAGAAAGAUUCUACACAACGUUGUGUGUCGACGCCUCUACAAGUGUGUUGGCCAGACUCAGGCUGAGAACCACAUUACUGACACCCAGGAAAUUUGUCGCCAUUGGGCAGGUGAUGUGGCCAAAUCUAAGCCUCAGAGUGGCAUCCAGGAUGUCAAUCUGCAGCCAGAGGACUUCAUAGUUAGUGUCAUUGAAAUGGACUAUGGCAUGAAAGGAAAGAACCCCAUCAAUAAUGUGCGUUUCUACUGCAAGAAUGACCCCACCAAAGCAAUCCAGAUACGCAAGAACCAGGUGUCUAAGCUUCUGCCAGAGCAGUUUGCAGAGCAGAUGAUCAGGGUCAUCUGUAAAAAAACUGAUGACAGGAGUCUGGAGGCAGCCAAGAAGCACUUUGUCCAGUGGUGCAUGGACAUGAACUUCUCAAAGCCUCAGGAUGGAGAUGUAAUUGCACCUGAGCUCACCCCUCUGAAAGCAGGCUGGUCAAACAACAAUGAAGGCGAGGAUGAUGAAGACGACGGCUGCAGACCAGUGAAUUGGGAAACGGUGAAUGGACAAAACAGAGCCAAAAAGCAGAUUCUCAAGUAAAGAUGAAGAGGGCAAACAAUACCUAGUUUUUUGACUGAGUAAUGAGACAGUCUCUUGUUACGUGGAAGUCAAAAUUAUAAUUUUUUGUGAGUGUUUAUCAGCACAGAGAGCUAAAAAUCAUGAGUACUAUUUGAAAGUUUCAAAAUUGCAUGCUCAGGGCCUGUACUUUUUUUGUAAAGGUAAAUUAGUAAAUUAUUUUUAGCCCAUUUUAUUUCAGGCCUCUCUUUUGUUGGCAGUUUUAUAUGUCACAUUUUAAAUUAUAUCCUCUUUUUAUAUUAUGCUACCACAAGCAACCCACUGUCAUGUAAUCACAUUUCCCUCUUUUCAUCUUUGCUCUGUAUUUUGAAUUCUAUAAUAACAUGGUUGCCUGAUUAUUAUCUGUCAUAAUCAUCCAUCAUAAUCACUCAGUUGGUUGUGGUUAAAGGUUGCUAUGAACUAUCAAUCAUGUUUAGCUACACUGUUUUACUCUGUUUUAAACUUCAGAGUAGUGUGUUUUUACAGCAUACAGAUUUCAGGGAAUUUCUAUUCAGGAUGCAUCUAUAUUCAUGCUGUUUUUUUUUAUUGCAUAAGUGCUUUAAACAGCAGGCUUAUCUAAUCAGCAGUCAAAGGAGGUCAUAAUGAACAAAUCCAUUUUGUGUGUUCCAGGGUGGUUAAUUGUUAGAGAGCAUUUCAGUGUAGUUGAGCCUUUAGUUUGUGGUUUGGGGAUUUAAAAAAAAAAUGUAAUACUGUUUGGUCUGAAAAUGUUAAUUUCAAGUUUGUUUACAACUUGUUUUUAAUUUGAAUGCAUUACUAUAGCUUAGAGUUUGUGGUUAUUUUGUGGUUU